AUGAUAGUUCGAGAUGCAAUAAAGCUGUGCCCAAACCUGGUGUGCUUACCAUACCUCUUCGACGACUAUCGUGCUAUAUCCAAGGCAAUCUACACAAUAGUUGCUCGGUACACGCUUGAAAUUAGAGCCGUCUCCUGUGAUGAAAUGUAUGUUGACUGCACAAAGUUGUUCGAUGAACUCAAAAUCUCUGAUCCUGUUGCUUUUGCCGAACAUCUGCGUGCUGAGGUGAGACGUGAAACCGGAUGUCCAGCUUCAAUUGGCAUAGGUAGGAGCACCUUGAUAGCUCGACUUGCUACGCGCUAUGCAAAGCCAGAUGGCGUCCGCUACGUACCGGAAUGUGAAUCCACCACAUUUAUCGCGAACGAAAAGGUUAUAUUU